CUCCUCUCUUUCAUAAAAAAAAAUUCCACAUUCUUUUUUUCCUUUUCUCUUUUACAGUCAUUGAGCAUCCCGAAAACAAUGCAGUGUGGACUUCCCCUGGGACAGUACGAUCUCGCAGAAAGAGAGAGGUGACACCACGAUUUGUUAGGUCCAAUGACAAUGUAGCCGGUAUUGCUCGGUGAAGAGUAAAGCAAGUUUGAUAUGAUAACUGUUUGUAUAGGAGGAGGACCCAACCGAACAAGCAUGAGUCAUAGCGCACAGCCACAUCUUCGCUAGACCCUCAGAAGAAAAUCGAUAUUACAUGCUUGGCCCAAUUAUCAUUUAGCCUACCUCCUCUGAUCAGACCUGUAUUCCGAACCGCUCCGAUCGAAGGCGCGGCUUUAUGUCAAGGAGACCUGCUUGAAAUUAUUUCAUUGAUAUUCAGCCGGGUGCUUCAGCCGCACGGUGGAAACAAACCGUGACUAAAUAGCGCAGUAAUCAACCCCCGAAUAUGAUAUGAUACGGGGACUACACCGCACCAGGGAAUUACACAAAUAGACAGGGACAGGAUUGUGGACACCUGGUUCGACUUUGGAUCCCUACAGUAGAAGUGGCUCAGAGGACUGUCUCAAUACAGGAUGGGAACCAACCCAAAAAGGACAGUGACAGUCCAAAUGGUCCCUCAGCUGGCUGGAGUGGAAGCUCUGGGAAACCAGGAGUCUAACGCCAACUGGGCUAAAGAACCUAACCUGAACCUCACCCAGGGUUGCACUGCCCCCACCACUACCACUACCCCUGUCCUUACAGAACACACACAGGUUAACCUGUGUCUGACAACCCCCAACACAACCUCCAGGAUCCAAUCAACUGGCCAUGGACAACCGGUUGGCGGCGGGGUGGGGUCCAACACCAACACAACUUUCUCGACCAAUGGCGACGGAGGGAAAUCGCCAUCGGAGCAUGUGAUUGGAAUAGAGCAGCAGAUGGUAUUGACAUGCCGAGGAGGUGUGAGUGUAACCGAGGCGACGGCAGAGGGCCGUAGGGACGGCAACGCCAAUUUGACAGCGUUAACCCCCACAGCCGCGGCCGAGGAGAAGGAGAAGCAUAUCUGUAAGGCAAGCCUGUCGUCCGCCAUUACAUCAUCAAAGGUUGACGUGCAUACAAAUUACUGCAGAGAGAAAGAGCCUGGUGGAGCAGGGGCGGGGGAGGGGUGUGCAGCCAAGCCAUCGCCAGAGCCCACAGCAGUACAGAGUGCUACAGUCAGAGUUUCUGCAGUAGCUAAAGAGGAGUCACUACUAGAAGGGGACAACAAAAACGCAACCACACCAAAUCAACAUCCCCCUCAGACCUGUGAUCCAAAGCAUACCUCGGCCUCUGAAGUGCUGACGUCUCUGACGACUCCCAAACAAGGUAAGGCAGAGGGAGCUGCAGUGACUACAAACAAGGUUGCUCCGCCUCCUUACAAAUCAAAAGAGGCUGAUAAUAGUACUACAACACAGAGUCUCUCACCUUUACCUAGCCCCGCCACCGCCACCAACCCUACUCCAUCAGAACAUCCUCUACAGGCCUCUAAAGAAAAUACGCCCAAGACAAACUCUCAGAACCCUCCUUCCCAAAUGGAAUAUAAUAAAACGGCAGCUACAUCGCAGCCGGAACAGACCAAGGAGACUACAGUAGCUCCUGUCAAUGCUGCCAUCACCAUCACACCUCCAUCAUCAGACAGCAAGGAAAACGUAGGGCUUAGGAAUAAGGCCUCAAGUCCGGCACCUCCCGAGAAGAAGGAUUUAAAACCUACUCCAGUAGCAAAGACAGAGAUCUGCUUAGAUAAACACCUGCAGGCGGCAUCGUCAGAGUCUUCAUCACAGAAGGAUUCUCCCUCGUCACCCAACGAGGCCCAACAGAACCAACAGCCGGAGGCCCAACAGAGCCAGAACCAACUGCCUGAGGCCCAACAGGGCCAGAACCAGCAGCCUGCCCACCAUGCAGCACAGGUGACAGACGAAGCCGUCCAGACUGCCUCGGUCUCGGAGGAGAUGCAACAGAAAGCCCACUGCAAAUUAUACCGGGAGGCCUCCACCAUGACCCGCACCCCCAUUGCCACCCCCACCGCCACCCCCACCCAUAGCAAGCAGGGCCAAGACGUGGAGGUCCAAGCAGUGGCUGACGUGUGCAGCCGGGCGGUCUCCACCAGCCCCAGCCUGUUUCCUCUGCCCCCGCCCUACAGGUCCACUGACAGAGGUGCUGCCCUGAGGGAGGAAGCAGCAGCUGAGAGCCUGUCUGUGGUCUACCAGGUACCCCUCCACCAGAUUCACAUGGGCAGCAGUCCAUCCUGCCCCCCGCCACCUAACUACACCGCAGGUCUCAGGUCCGGGUCAGAGCGAUUGACCCUGGAGGCGGGGUUAUGCUCCAGUCAGAGUGCCGGGGUGGUGCUCCAUGCAGAGGAGGCGGUGGCGGCCCUCCAUGCAGAGGUCGCCAGGCUGGGGGCCAAGCCUAAAGAUCUGGCAGUCGGGGGGGCAGCAGCGCUAUGCAACAUACAGCAGAGAGGAGCACUCCCGCCUCUGCAGCCCGUCUACCAGAUCAACAUCGAGUCGUGCGGCGGCCAAAACGAGCCGGUAGCUAAAGCGAAUCAUCACCAGCAUCGAGGCGAGAAGGCAGUGGCAGACUCCCAAUCCAAACCCAAUGCAGCAGAGAAACCAAAGGUGUCUAAUGAAGCGCAGACCGUGCCAACACAGCCUGCCAAGCCUCCCUCUGCUAAAGCUCCAUCCCCCUUGUCGCCAACUCCCGCAAGCAAGACCAAAUCCUCCGACAAUAAGGCUGCUCCUCCUCCUUCGCAGUCAACUCCUUCCGUUACCAAGCCCAGCCAGGCCUCAACGACAACCUCCAAAAAAACAGAGGACACUAAACCCAAGACGGCAGUGAAAGCAGCGAAGCAGAGCAUUGUUAAGGGGGUUGGGGGCGUUAAGGCUUUGUUGGGCAAGAAGAAGCAGGAGCAGCUGGAGCCGGAGAGGAAGGAAAAGGAGGAUGAAGACGAGGAGGGGAAACAGAAAGGAGAGAAGAGCGUGCACGAUGUGCUGUGGGACGAGCAGGGGAUGACCUGGGAGGUGUACGGAGCAUCCGUUGACCCCGAGUCUCUUGGCUUUGCCAUCCAGAGCCACCUGCAGUGUAAGAUCAAAGAACAAGAGAAGAAGGUCGUGACCCAGUCAUCACUCAGGAAGUCCAUCUCAGUGCCGCCGGUGGUGCCUGACUCGCCCGCCACCGUUGCCGUGGACGAUGCCAACAGCAGGAAAAACAAGAGGAGGCAGCAGAACGUUUUCAGGUCCAUGCUGAAAAAUGUCAGACGGCCCAAGUGCUGCGCACACCCUCCCCCUACCGCCGUGCUGGAGUGAGAAGGAGAAGCAGCGGGCUGUAUGCAGCCCACACCAUCAGCUGAGUCCCCUAUAAAGCAGGCUGGUUCACCCCUUGUUAUGGUUCCUCCGAUGCCAAGCCAUGUGUGGAUAUUGGGAUCUCUCCCUAACCCUACUGGUCAGAUGUUGUGGUAUACAAUGUUACCUUAGAUAGGGUUGAUGAUUAUCAACAGAAGAGGGCAAAACAAAAAGCUAAAAUAGGUUCUUGUUAUGGACAACUUAUUUUUUAGAUGAGAGAUUCUAACAGUAUUUAAUGAAAAAUGGCAAUAAUAAUAUCUUAGUGAAACGCAUGUGUGUUAGUACUUAUGGCAGUCAUAACUCAUUUUACCACUAUGAAGUCCUGAUGUAUACAGUACAUGCCUCUGAUCUUUGGGCGUACAUACAUAUUACUGUCAGUAUCAUACCUUUUACAGAUGUGCAACUAAAUAUCACUACUUCUCAGUGCAGUGGGUGCAUUGUGGUAUAGAUACAGUCCGAUUACGUUCCGGGUGUAUUGGACAACCUCCAUUUAUAACAUCAAUAUAUUAUUAUUGGUUUUUUUAGAUUUGAUUUUGAAUGGGUAACUACUUAUUUUGUCUUGAUAAAGAAGAAGAAUAAAACCUCUGCUGUGCU